GGUCUCUUCUUCCGGUGCACGAAGCUGCAGCGGACAGGCGCGAGAGAGCAGCGCGCACCUGCCAGGUGACCUCGCGACGCUGAGCACCUGGAGGAGCUGUCACGUGACGGUUUCUCUGAUUAAAAGCAGAAGAUGUUGAGGAGGAAACCAACUCGUCUGGAGCUGAAGAUCGACGACACCGAAGAGUUCGAGAGCAUCAAGAAAGAGCUCGAGGCCAGGAAGCGACAGCGAGAGGAGGCGGAGUCAGGAGGCGGAGUGGGCGGGGCGUCUGUCAUCAGCGUUGACAUCAUUGGGGGCGGGGCCUCCGCCUCUUCCUCCACAGCGGCGUCGAGGGCGGAGCUUAUCAACGAGCGAAUCGGCUACAAGCCCCACCCCAAACCGGCCACGCUGCCGACCUUAUUUGGAAGUUUACAGUUUUAAUACAAAAAUAGAUAUUAAUAAAAAUGAUUAAACAGAAGAA